AUGGAUAAAUAUGUUGGCGUAAAAAAAUAUAUCAAAACAAAUAAUUCAAAUUAUCUAAUAUCGGAUUAUCUUGGUAAAGGUUCAUAUGCAAUUGUUGUACGGGCUAUAAAUGUUAAUAAUAAUCAAACAGUUGCCAUUAAAAUGUUAUUAUUUGAUAAUAAAAAUGAUGAAGAACGCAAUAAACGAAUAGAAUUACUUGCCCGUAAAGAAGCUGAAAUUCUUUUUCAAUUACGAUCACAUCGAAAUAUUGUUGAAAUUUUUGAUUAUUUUCAAACAACAACCAAUGAUGAUGAUAAUCAUCAUCAUAGUUGUUUUCUAAUUCUAGAGCUAUGUGCUAAUAAGUCUUUGAACAAUUUAUUACGAAAUGAACAGAUAAAUUUAACAAAAGAAAUGAUCAAAACAUUUUUAUUCGAUAUUAUUACUGGUUGUCAUUAUUUACAUUCAAAAUUAAUUGUUCAUCGUGAUCUAAAACCCGAUAAUAUACUUAUGAAUGAAAAUUAUGUAGCGAAAAUAGGUGAUUUUGGCCUUGCAACACAAUUAGAAUCGUCGGAUAAAUAUUUGUAUACAUUUUGUGGUACACCAAAAUAUCAGGCACCCGAAAUGAUAUUGAAAAAUGGUUAUAAUUUUCCUGUUGAUAUUUGGGCAAUCGGUUGUAUUGCAUAUCGAUUAUAUUAUGGUAAUGCACCAUUCAAUGGAACAAAUUCCGAUGAAAUUUAUCGUUCCGUAUUGAAUAAAAAUAUUAAAUGUUGUCGUAUUAGUUGUUAUGAUUUUAUGGUUAAUAAUGAAGAUAUUAAAGUGAUUCGAUCAAUGUUGAUUAAAGAACCGGAAAAAAGAAUCAAAAUCGAUGAUCUAUUGGCGAAGAAACGUUUUUUUGCUGAUAAAUUAUCAUCUUUGACCAUAUCAGCAACGACAAUAUCAUCAUCAUCAUCACCCACCGCUCAAAACAAUAAUCAACAAAAAAAUAAUCCACGUAAACGAGUACAUUUAGAUUCAAUGAUUGAUUAUCUAAAAGCGAUUGCCAAUUAUGAAUCGAAUAAAUUAAUUCGUAUAAAUUAUAUACCAUAUCAUGAUAAUCAAUUAACACCGAUCAUAAUGAUUAGACAAUGGAUCGAAAUUGCUAUGAUUGGUUUUGGUUAUGAUUUGGGUCAUAAAACCUAUGCGUUCAAUUUUCGUGAUCAAACCAAAAUGAUGAUGCUGCAUAAUGAAUUCAUAUUCUAUAUGGAUAACAAAAAUACUACUACUACUGCUAAUACACAAUCUUCUAUUUGUGAAUUUCAAUUAAAAUGUUGUCCAGAUUUAUUGAAGAAAAAAUUGAAAAUUUUACAACAAUCUUUUAAUAUUUUACAUCGAACUAACAUUGUUGAUGAUCAAACAAAGAUUGUCCAUGAUGAUGAUGGUGAUGAUGAUGAUAAUAGUAUUAUUCAACUUUCUCGACAACAACAACAACUUCCUUGGUUGCAAAAAUGGAUUAAAACCAUUGAUGUUUUCGUAUUUCAAUUGGCCAACAAAUUAAUACAAAUAAAUUUCAGCCAACAAAAGAAAAUACUUUUAUUUGAUUCGGAUAAAAAAUCAAUGACAAUAAUUAAUCAAAAUACACAAAAAAAAUUAUCAUUAGCAUUAUCAUUUAUAUUAAAUGGUAAUGUAACUGAUCGUAUGCGACAAUAUGUAUCGGUUGCAUUACAAUAUAUCGAAUUAAUCAAUAAAUAAUUACAAAU